CCGCCGCAGCCGCCGCCGCCGCCGCCGCCGCCGCCGCCGCCGCCGGGGCUGCUGCUCCGGCUGCUGCAGGAGGCGGCGCUGGCUGGCGGCUGCGCUCGCUCCAGUCGGCGAGCGGAGGAGCGAGCGAGCGAGCGAGCGUGUGUGUGUUUUUUAAAGAUGGCCGGAGCGGCGGCGGCGGUGGCCGCGGGAGCAGCAGCUGGAGCCGCCGCGGCAGCGGUGUCGGUGUCGGCUCCGGGUCGGGCCUCGGCUCCCCCUCCGCCUCCGCCCGUGUACUGUGUGUGCCGGCAGCCGUACGACGUGAACCGCUUCAUGAUCGAGUGCGAUGUCUGCAAGGACUGGUUCCACGGCAGCUGUGUUGGUGUAGAAGAACAUCAUGCUGUUGACAUUGACUUGUAUCACUGCCCCAACUGUGCAGUUCUACAUGGUUCUUCCUUGAUGAAGAAGCGGAGGAACUGGCACCGCCAUGACUACACAGAAGUGGAUGACGGCUCCAAACCUGUGCAGGCUGGAACUAGAGCCUUUGUGAAAGAGCUCCGUUCUCGAGUCUUCCCAAGUGCCGAUGAAAUCAUUGUAAAGAUGCAUGGCAGUCAGCUGACACAAAGAUACCUGGAGAAACAUGGAUUUGAUGUUCCUAUUAUGGUCCCUAAAUUAGAUGACCUUGGACUCAGGCUUCCUUCACCUGCUUUUUCAGUGAUGGAUGUGGAACGUUAUGUAGGUGGUGACAAAGUGAUAGAUGUCAUUGAUGUGGCAAGGCAGGCGGACAGCAAAAUGACACUUCACAAUUACGUUAAAUACUUCAUGAAUCCUAACAGACCAAAAGUGUUAAAUGUGAUCAGCCUUGAAUUUUCAGAUACAAAGAUGUCUGAAUUGGUGGAGGUCCCUGACAUAGCCAGAAAACUUUCCUGGGUGGAAAAUUACUGGCCAGAUGACUCAGUCUUCCCUAAGCCCUUUGUCCAGAAAUACUGCUUAAUGGGAGUUCAAGAUAGCUAUACAGAUUUCCACAUUGACUUUGGUGGAACUUCUGUCUGGUACCAUGUCCUUUGGGGUGAGAAGAUUUUUUAUUUGAUAAAGCCAACAAAUGAAAAUUUGGCACUCUAUGAAUCUUGGAGUUCAUCUGUGACCCAGAGUGAGGUGUUCUUUGGAGAUAAAGUAGAUAAAUGCUACAAAUGUGUGGUAAAGCAGGGACAUACCUUAUUUGUUCCUACAGGGUGGAUUCAUGCUGUGCUCACUUCUCAGGACUGUAUGGCUUUUGGGGGUAACUUUCUGCACAACCUCAACAUUGGCAUGCAGCUCAGGUGUUAUGAGAUGGAGAAAAGACUAAAAACACCAGAUCUUUUCAAAUUCCCUUUCUUUGAAGCCAUAUGCUGGUUUGUAGCCAAAAGUUUGCUGGAAACCCUGAAAGAACUGAAAGAAGAUGGGUUCCAGCCUCAGACUUACUUAGUACAGGGAGUGAAAGCACUUCACACUGCUUUAAAAGUAUGGAUGAAAAAAGAACUUGUAUCUGAACAUGCCUUUGAAAUUCCAGACAAUGUUAGACCUGGACAUCUUAUUAAGGAACUUUCUAAAGUAAUUCGAGCAAUAGAGGAAGAAAAUGGCAAGCCAGUUAAAUCUCAGGGAAUUUCUACUGUGUGUCCAGUGUCACGGCCUUCAAAUGAAGCUUCUUCACCAUAUCAUUCCCGGCGAAAGAUGAGGAAACUUAGAGAUCAUCAUGUCCGAACUCCUUCUAACCUAGACAUCCUUGAGCUCCAUACAAGAGAAGUCCUCAAAAGAUUAGAGAUGUGUCCAUGGGAGGAGGACAUACUGAGCUCUAAACUGAAUGGAAAAUUCAACAAACAUCUCCAGCCAUCCUCCACGGUUCCUGAAUGGCGAGCAAAAGAUAAUGAUCUACGAUUACUGCUGACAAAUGGAAGAAUAAUUAAAGAUGAGAGACAGCUGUUUGCAGAUCGGAGUCUUUAUACAGCAGAUAGUGAAAAUGAAGAGGACAAGAAACCAACAAAGAAGGCAACCAUAAAGACAGAAGAGAGCUCUGGAAGGGAGGGGGCAGAAAGUGAAGGAUCUCCAAAACCACUGAAGAGAAUUUUUACAAGUGUGAAAUCAGAACUCAGGAAUAGAACAUCAGGAUAUUCUGAUGUUUCUGAUUCAGAAGACUCUGGACCUGACUGCACUGCACUGAAAAUUAAUUUUGCCACUGAAGAUUCUGAAAGUUCAGGUGAUGAAAAGAAACAUGAAAUAAUAUCAAACUUUAAGGAGGAAUCUGAUAUAGUGAGGAACCUCCUUCAAAAGGGCCAGAAGCCAUCUAGAAAUGAAAUUCCAAUGAAAAGGGAAUGUCCUACCUCGACGAGCACAGAGGAAGAAGCUAUUCAGGGCAUGCUGUCUAUGGCAGGGUUGCACUAUUCCACGUGUUUACAAAGGCAGAUGCAAAGCACAGACUGCAGUGGUGAGAAGAACUCCCUCCAGGAUCCCAGCAGCUGCCACAGCAGUAACCCUGCAGUGAGGCAGUUGUAUCGAUGUGAUAAGCCAGUGGAAUUUGGAUACCAUGACAAGACUGCAGAUCAAGAUUUGAGGACCUCUUCCUGGACUAAACAGUUUGAUAGAAAUUCCAGAUUUAAUCCUCAGGACUUAAGUAGAAGCCAGAAAUACAUCAAAAAGGAAAGCUCUUCAGAAAUCAGUCAGAAGGCACAAAGCAGGCAUUGUGUGGACAGCAGUAACUCAAGCAUUCAAAAUGGAAAGUACAUGCUGAGUCCCAGCUUGGUUUCAGGGCCAUGCCAGAUAAGAAAUGGCAGUCUAAGCCCAGAAAGGGCUGUUGGUGAAACUUCCUUUUCAGUGCCCCUUCACCCCACCAAGAGACCUGCAUCAAACCCACCACCUAUCAGCAACCAGGCAACAAAAGGUAAACGUCCAAAAAAAGGAAUGGCCACAGCCAAACAACGUCUUGGGAAGAUCCUUAAGCUGAACAGAAAUGGCCAUGCACGCUUCUUCGUGUGACAGCCGCUGCUGCAGCACUCUUCCUGUGGAGUCCAGUCUCGGGGUGGGGAGGCCUGGAGUCCCACCGUCCCCUGCCUGGAGCAGUUCGUGUGUACAGCAAUACUGCCUGAAGAACAGAAUGAACCUGAUGCUGCAUUUUCACUGUGCCACACCCACUCAGCAAUAACCCUUUGGACCUGGUUGGGGAGAGGAAGGAGGAGGGUAGAACCUUAAAAAGAGACCUUGAACUGGAAAGGGGUCUCUUGUCAGGGCUUGAAUUUAAUUUAGUUGUUGGUAGUGUCUUGAUUUAUUUUCAAUAGUAGGAUAAAGAAUUAUCAAUAAUUUAUUUAACAGAUUUUUUUUUAAAGUUAACAGCUUUUAAAUUCUUUCUUUUUUAAAGCUAUUUAUUUGGAAGAUUUCUGGAGAAAUAUCUCACUAAUUCAGAUUUAAGAAUGUGAAGGUUUUUAAAUUAUUUUUGAUAGUGUAUGUGUUACAUGUGGGAAAGAGCCACAGUAACUGUAGCUAGUCUGGACUCUUAAAUUUGAUAUUCAGGUUAAAGUCUUAAACAGGGAUUUGAUGCAUUAAUUAUUUUAAAUUAAGAUGUAUAUGAAAUCAUUUUAUUUUAUAUAUUUCAUGUGUUUUUUAUAAGCUAUUAGCUUCGCUUUUGCUAACAUCCAAGGUGCAUACUGUUAUCCAGGUUGAUUCCCUUACACCCCACCUUUCCACUGCAACCCUUCCACUCCCUCAGUGUAUUGAGACAACCCAAGACUUUUCUCUUUGCAGGGAAACAACUUCAUAGCCAAUGUUUAAGAACCACAUAAAAGAGUCCUCAUUUCUCA